AUGGCCGCAGACUCUGGGACCCUGGACCCACCAAGUAUUGUUUCGGCUUCGAAAAACCCUCCGUUAGAAAUUCUUACCCUUCGUGAUGGUGGCUUCCCCAUUUCGCAUCGUGAUGCGCUUGCAUGGGCAAAUCGUGUCCGAGCUGCCAAUGGCCUGCGCCUUCUCACUGAUGCGCCGCAUGAUUCAGGAUCUAUUAUGGGGACAUUGAAUUAUGUAGUUGAAGCAGCCGGUGGUGUCAAAUGUAAUCCUCAUGGCCGUAUCGAAGCUGGCAAACCAUAUGAGAAAUACAAUAUUAUUACACAGUACGAAGUGGGAGAAUGGGUAUCCGUAAAUGGGGUUGUGGAGCCCAGUGCUUACCUGGUUGAAGGGGAAACUGAAACAAUUGGCAAGGAAUUGUUGAGACGAGAAGGUAUUGCUCAUGAACCAUUUACAUCAUGUUCUACCUAUUAUUGA